CGGCCGCGGCGGGUGCAUGGAUUGGGGCUCGCGGCCAUGGCGCCGCGGCCUCACCCGCCGGGGCCCCAGAUGCUGCCGCCUUCCCUCCUGCUGCUCCGAAGCAGCGCCCUGCUGCUCCUGGUCCUGCUGCCCGAGGCCUCCGGGGGACUGCCCGCGCACCCCCCGGCAGCCGCGCCCCGUGGCCCCUGGCUGAGGGACCUGGCUCUGGGGCCCGCCUGGAGAUACGCGCUGGACUGGGAGCGCACGGCGCCGGGGCUGCGGCCGCUGCUGAAGCUGAGCCCCGACGGGCGGCUGCGGCUGGGCGGGUCCGGGCGAAGAGUGUGGCCGCGGGGCUGUGAGCUGCCCCUGCACGUGGACAUCGCCUCCCGGCGCUCCCCGACGCUGCUGACCGUGGCCCUGGCGGUGCCCGUACCCGGCAGGGGCUGCGGCUCCACCGGCUCAGCCGCCCGGGCACCGGAGCGCAUCCCGGACCUGGCGGCCCGCGCGGUCCUGGGAGGCGGCCCGGGCCCCGCCUCCCCCUCUGCUCCCGCUGAGUGCUUCCCGGCCCCGGAGCGGGGAGGGCGCGGCCCCGCCGAGGAGCUGCGGGCAGCCCUGGAGGCCCUGACCAGCUUCCCCGACUGCAGGUGCGUGGAGAGCUUCAGCCAGGGUGAGGGAGAGAAGGAGGGCAGCGGCCCGGGCUGCGGGAUCCGGCCCGCCUUCCCGCUCCGGCCCGUCUGCCUGGAGCCGGGGGCCACAGCCCGCCUGCGCCUGCUGUGCGCUCCCAGGCCAGGCCCAGGCCCCUGGCGGCGCCUGCUCCGGGGAAGGGGCCCCGAGCUCCUGCUGGAGCUGACUCUGGAGGCGGCAGGGCCACUUCCUGCGGGGGCCAGGAGGGCCAGGAGAGGGGCGGCCGGGGGCACGAGCCCUCAGUUCCAGCUCCCCAGCUACCAGGUGUCCGUGCCCGAGAACGAGCCGGCCGGCACUCCGGUGAUCGAACUCCGCGCCCAAGACCCCGACGAGGGCGAAGCCGGCCGUCUCACCUACCAGAUGGAGGCGCUGUUUGACGAGCGCUCCAAUGGCUACUUCCACAUCGAGCCAGACACCGGGGCGGUGACCACCAGCCGGCCCCUGGACCGCGAGACCAAAGACACCCACGUCUUGAAAGUGACGGCCGUGGACCACGGGUCCCCGCAGCGCUCGGGGGCCACCUACCUCACGGUCACCGUGAGCGACACCAACGAUCACAGCCCCGUCUUUGAGCAGGUCGAGUACCGGGAGACGGUCCGGGAGAACCUGGAGGUGGGCUACGAGGUGCUGACCAUCCGGGCCACGGACGGGGACGCCCCGUCCAACGCCAACAUGCGCUACAGACUCCUGGAAGGGGCCGACGGCGCCUUCGAGAUCGACCCCCGCUCCGGCGUGGUCCGCACCCGCUCCGUGGUGGACCGGGAGGAAGUGGCCGAGUACCAGCUCCUGGUGGAGGCCAACGACCAGGGCCGCAACCCGGGGCCCCGCAGCGCCACGGCCACCGUCCGCAUCCUGGUGGAGGACGAGAACGACAACUACCCGCAGUUCAGCGAGAAGCGAUACGUGGUCCGGGUGCCCGAAGACGUGGCCGUGAACACCCCCAUCCUCCGGGUGCAGGCCACGGACCGGGACCAGGGCCAGAACGCGGCCUUGCACUACAGCAUCGUCAGCGGCAACCUGAAGGGCCAGUUCUACCUGCACUCCCUGAGCGGGGGCCUGGACGUCAUCAACCCGCUGGACUUCGAGGCCAUCCGGGAGUACACGCUGCGCAUCAAGGCCCAGGACGGGGGCCGGCCGCCCCUCAUCAACUCCUCGGGCCUGGUGAACGUCCAGGUGCUGGACGUCAACGACAACGCGCCCAUCUUCGUGAGCAGUCCCUUCCAGGCCGCCGUGCUGGAGAACGUGCCCCUGGGCCACUCCGUGUUACACAUCCAGGCCGUGGACGCCGACUCCGGGGAGAACGCCCGCCUGCACUACCGCCUGGUGGACGUCACCACGGGGGCGGGCGCCGACGCCGACCCUUCCGCCUGGGCCGACUUCCCCUUUCAGAUCCACAACAGCUCCGGCUGGAUCACGGUGUGCGCGGAGCUGGACCGGGAGGAGGUGGAGCACUACCGCUUCGGGGUGGAGGCCGUGGACCACGGCUCGCCCGUCAUGAGCUCCUCGGCCAGCGUGGCCAUCACGGUCCUGGACGUGAACGACAACGACCCCGUCUUCACCCAGCCCGUCUACGAGCUCCGCCUGAACGAGGACGCGGCCGUGGGCAGCAGCGUGCUGACCCUGCAGGCCCGCGACCGGGACGCCAACAGCGUCAUCACCUACCAGCUGACCAGCGGCAACACCCGGAACCGCUUCGCCCUGAGCAGCCAGAGCGGCGGGGGGCUCAUCACCCUGGCCCUGCCGCUGGAUUACAAACAGGAGCGGCAGUACGUCCUGGGGGUGACCGCCUCGGACGGCACCCGCUCCCACACCGCCCAGGUCUUCAUCAACGUCACCGACGCCAACACGCACCGGCCCGUGUUCCAGAGCUCCCACUACACGGUGAGCGUCCGGGAGGACCAGCCGGUGGGCACCUCCAUCGCCACCAUCAGCGCCACCGACGAGGACACGGGCGAGAACGCCCGCAUCACCUACGUGCUGGAGGACCCCGUGCCCCAGUUCCGCAUUCAUCCGGACACCGGCACCAUCGUCACCCUGAUGGAGCUGGACUACGAAGACCAGGCGGCUUACACGCUGGCCAUCACGGCCAGGGACAACGGCAUCCCCCAGAAAUCGGACACCACCUCCCUGGAGAUCCUCAUCCUGGACGCCAACGACAACGCGCCGCGCUUCCUGCGAGAUUUCUACCAGGGCUCCGUCUUCGAGGACGCGCCCCCCUCCACCAGCGUCCUGCAGGUGUCCGCCACGGACCGAGACUCGGGCCCCAACGGCCGCCUCCUGUACACCUUCCAGGGCGGGGAGGACGGCGACGGCGACUUCUACAUCGAGCCCACCUCCGGGGUGAUCCGCACCCAGCGCCGGCUCGACCGGGAGAACGUGGCCGUGUACAACCUGCGGGCCCUGGCCGUGGACAGGGGCAGUCCGGCCCCGCUCAGCGCCUCCGUGGAGAUCCAGGUGACCGUCCUGGACAUUAACGACAACCCGCCAGUGUUUGACCAGGAUGAGCUGGAACUGUUCGUGGAGGAGAACAGCCCGGUGGGCUCGGUGGUGGCGCGGAUCCGGGCCGCCGACCCCGACGAGGGCCCCAACGCCCAGAUCAUGUACCAGAUCGUGGAGGGCAACGUGCCCGAGGUUUUCCAGCUGGACCUGCUGAGCGGGGACCUGCGGGCGCUGGUGGAGCUGGACUUCGAGCGCCGGCGGGAGUACAUGCUGGUGGUCCAGGCGACCUCGGCCCCGCUGGUCAGUCGCGCCACCGUGUACGUCCGCCUCGUGGACCAGAACGACAACCCUCCGGUGCUCCCGGACUUCCAGGUGCUCUUCAACAACUACGUGACCAACAAGUCCAACAGCUUUCCCACGGGAGUCAUCGGCCGCAUUCCGGCCCACGAUCCGGACCUCUCGGACAGCCUCAACUACACCUUCUUGCAGGGCAACGAGCUCAACCUGCUCCUGCUCAACCCUGACACCGGGGAGCUGCAGCUCAGCCGAGACCUGGACAACAACCGACCCCUGGAGGCCCUCAUGGAGGUGUCUGUAUCAGAUGGCAUCCACAGCGUGACGGCCCUCUGCACCCUGCGGGUGACCAUCAUCACGGACGACAUGCUGACCAACAGCAUCACGGUCCGCCUGGAGAACAUGUCCCAGGAGAAGUUCCUGUCCCCGCUGCUCUCCCUCUUCGUGGAGGGCGUGGCCGCCGUGCUGUCCACCACCACCGACGGCAUCUUCGUCUUCAACGUCCAGAACGACACGGACGUCAGCUCCAACAUCCUCAACGUGACCUUCUCGGCGCUUCUGCCCGGGGGCGUCCGGAACCGCUUCUUCCCGUCCGAGGACCUCCAGGAGCAGAUCUACCUGAACCGGACCCUCCUCAGGAUGAUCUCCACCCAGCGCGUGCUGCCCUUCGACGACAACAUCUGCCUGCGGGAGCCGUGCGAGAACUACAUGAAGUGUGUGUCCGUGCUCAAGUUCGACAGCUCGGCGCCCUUCAUCAGCUCCACCACGGUGCUGUUCCGGCCCAUCCACCCCAUCAGCGGGCUGCGGUGCCGCUGCCCCCCGGGCUUCACCGGGGACUACUGCGAGACCGAGAUCGACCUGUGCUACUCCAGCCCCUGCGGCGGCAACGGGCUGUGCCGGAGCCGGGAGGGCGGCUACACCUGCGACUGCCACCCCGACUACACAGGAGAAUUCUGCGAAGUGAACGCCCGCUCCGGCCGCUGCGCGCCCGGCGUCUGCAAGAACGGCGGCAGGUGCGUCAACCUGCUGGUGGGCGGCUUCAAGUGCGAGUGCCCCCCCGGACAGUACGAGAAGCCCUACUGCGGGGUGACCACGCGCAGCUUCCCGGCCCAGUCCUUCGUCACCUUCAAGGGGCUCCGCCAGCGCUUCCACUUCACGCUCUCGCUCACGUUUGCCACCAGAGAGAGGAACGCCCUUCUCCUGUACAACGGCCGCUUCAAUGAGAAGCAUGACUUCCUGGCCCUGGAGAUCAUCGAGGAGCAGAUCCAGCUGACCUUCUCAGCAGGAGAGACGAGGACCACCGUGGCCCCCCUGGUCCGGGGGGGAGUGAGUGAUGGCCAGUGGCACUCGGUGCGCGUGCAGUACUACAACAAGCCCCACAUCGGCCGGCUGGGCAUCCCGCACGGACCCUCGGGGGAGAAGGUGGCCGUGGUGGCCGUGGACGAGUGUGACACGGCCGUGGCCGUGCGCUUCGGCGGCCUCCUGGCCAACUACAGCUGCGCCGCCCAGGGCACCCAGACCGGCUCCAAGAAGUCCCUGGACCUGACGGGCCCCCUCCUCCUCGGGGGCGUCCCCAACCUGCCCGAGGACUUCCCGGUGCACAACAGGCAGUUCGUCGGCUGUAUGAGGAACCUCUCCAUCGACGACCAGGCCAUCGACAUGGAGAGCUUCAUCGCCAACAACGGCACCCGAGCAGGCUGCGCCGCGCAGGAGAACCACUGUCAGAGGAUCUGGUGUCAGAACGGGGGCACGUGUGUGAACAAGUGGAACACGUACAUCUGCGACUGCCCGCUGCGGUACGGGGGCAAGAACUGCGAGCAGGCCAUGCCCCACCCCCAGCGCUUCAGCGGCGAGAGCCUCGUGUUCUGGGGGGAUCUGGACAUCACCAUCUCGGUGCCCUGGUACUUGGGCCUCAUGUUCCGGACCCGGAAAGGGAGCGGGACGCUUUUGGAGGCCAGCGCGGGGGCGUCAUCAAAAAUCAGCCUCCAGAUCCUGAACAGCCACGUCGACUUCGCCGUGUUCCACGGACCCUCGGAGGUGGCCUCCAUGAGGCUGGGCAGGUCCCGGGUGAGCGACGGCAGAUGGCACCACCUGCUCAUCGAGCUGAGGAGCGCCAAGGACGGCAAGGACAUCAAGUACCUGGCCGUGAUGACCCUGGACUACGGGCUGGAUCAGAACACGGUGCAAAUUGGCAACCAGCUCCCCGGCUUAAAGAUGAGGAGCCUGCUGGUGGGCGGCCUCUCCGAAGACCAGGUCACGGUUCGGCAAGGCUUCUCCGGCUGCAUGCAGGGGGUGAGGAUGGGGGAGACGUCGACCAACAUCGUGACCCUGAACAUGAAGGAGGCCCUUAAGGUCAGGGUGAAGGACGGCUGCGCCCUGGACAACCCGUGCGCCUCCAGCCCGUGCCCCGAGCACAGCCACUGCACCGACGACUGGGACAGCUACUCGUGCACCUGCGACCCAGGGUACUUUGGGAGAGACUGCGUGGACGUGUGCAACCUGAACCCCUGCGAGCACGUCUCCACUUGUGUCCGAAAACCCAGCUCCGCGCAGGGCUACGCGUGCGAAUGUGGGCAGAGCUACUACGGACAGUACUGCGAAAACAAAAUCCACCUCCCGUGUCCCAAGGGCUGGUGGGGAAACCCCGUGUGCGGCCCUUGUCACUGUGAGGUCAGUAAAGGCUUUGACCCCGACUGCAACAAGACCAACGGAGAGUGCCAGUGCAAGGAGAACUACUACAAGCCCCAGCACCAGGAGGCAUGCUACCCGUGCGACUGCUUCCCCUACGGCUCCCACACGCGCACCUGUGACAUGGAGACGGGCCAAUGCGCCUGCAAAUCGGGGGUGAUCGGGCGCCAGUGUAACCGCUGCGACAACCCCUUUGCCGAAGUGACCACCCAGGGCUGUGAAGUGAUCUACAGCGGCUGUCCCCGCGCGUUUGAGGCCGGCAUCUGGUGGCCGCAGACCAAGUUUGGGCAGCCGGCGGCCGUGCCCUGCCCCAAGGGAUCCGUGGGGAACGCCAUCCGCCACUGCAGCAGCGAGAAGGGCUGGCUCCCCCCGGAGCUCUUCAACUGCACCACGGCCUCCUUCCUGGGCCUGAGGACCAUGAACGAGAAGCUCCGCCGCAACGAGACCAGGAUGGACGGGGACAAGUCGAUCCGGCUGACGCGGGCGCUGGAGAACGUGACCAGGUCGGCCGACGUCCUGUACGGGAACGACGUGCGCACCGCGUACCACACCAUGCUGCACGUGCUGCAGUACGAGAGCCGGCAGCAGGGCUUCGACCUGGCGGCCACCAGAGACGCGGAGUUCCACGAGAACCUCCUGCGAGCCGGCAGCGCCCUCCUGGACCCCCGUCACAGGGACUCCUGGGAGCAGAUCCAGCGGGCCGAGGCGGGCACGGCGCGCCUGCUCCAGCACUUCGAGGACUACUUCUCCAACCUGGGGAGGAACAUGCGGAGGACCUACAUGAAGCCCUUCGUUAUCAUCACGGCCAACAUGAUCCUGGCCGCCGACAUCUUCGCCAAGUCCAACUUCUCGGGCGCCAGGGUGCCGCGCUUCGGCGAGAUUUACGAGGAUUACCCCAAGGACCUGGAGUCGUCCGUCCUCUUCCCUGCCCACUUGUUCGAGCCCUCAGACAGGAGAGACGCGGCCACGGCGAGACCCUCCAAGCACAGGGUGACCCCCAGAGCGGAGCCGGCCGACCUGGCCCCCGGGGACCCCCUGGCGAAGAGGAGGAAGCGGCAGCCGGACGAGUGGAGCGAGCACGCGGUGGCCCUGGUCCUCAUCUCCCGCUCGCUGGGCCAGCUGCUGCCCGAGCAGUACGACCCCGACCGGAGGAGCCUGCGGCUGCCCCAUCGGCCCGUCAUCAACACCCCCAUUGUCAGCGCCCUGCUCCACAGCGAGGGGGGCCCGGCCCCCGGCCCGCCGGGGCGCCCCCUGCUGGUGCAGUACACCCUGCUGGAGACGGAGGAGAGGAGCAAGCCGGUCUGCGUGUUCUGGAACCACUCCCUCGGGAGUCGCAGCGCCGGGGGCUGGUCGGCCAAAGGGUGCGAGCUGGUCUCCAGAAACAGCAGCCACAUCACCUGCCAGUGCGCCCAUGCCAGCAGCCUGGCCGUGCUGAUGGACGUCUCCAAGCGAGAGCACGGCGAGGUCCUCCCCCUGAAAAUCGUCACCUACACCAGCGUGUCCAUCUCUCUGGUGGCCCUGCUCAUGGCCUUCGUGCUGCUGCUUCUGCUCCGGACGCUCCGCGCCAACCUCCACGGCAUCCACCGGAAUCUGAUCGCCGCCCUCUUCUCCUCCCAGCUGGUCUUUGUGAUCGGGAUUGACCAGACGGAGAACCCGUUCACGUGCACGGUGAUCGCCAUCCUCCUCCACUACUUCUACCUGAGCACGUUCGCCUGGCUCUUCGUGGAAGGGCUGCACGUGUACCGCAUGCUGACCGAGGUCAGGAACAUCGACUCCGGACACAUGAGGUUCUACUACGUCCUGGGCUGGGGCAUCCCGGCCGUCGUCACAGGGCUCGCUGUGGGUCUGGACCCCCAAGGCUACGGGAACCCUGACUUCUGCUGGCUCUCGGUCCACGACACCCUCAUCUGGAGCUUCGCCGGCCCCAUCGGCGUCGUGGUCACUCUCAACACCAUCAUCUUUGUCCUGUCGGCGAGAGCGUCCUGCCGGCGGAAGCACCGUGCUUAUGACCGGAGCGGGAUCACCUCCGGCCUCCGCACGGCCUUCCUGCUGCUCCUGCUGAUCAGCGCCACGUGGCUCCUGGGGCUGAUGGCCGUCAACAGCGACGUGAUGGCCUUCCACUACCUCUUUGCCGUGUUCAGCUGCUUGCAGGGGCUCGCCAUCUUUUUCUUCCACUGUGUGCUCAACAAAGAAGUCCAGAAGCACCUGAAGGUCACUCUGAUGGGGAAGAAGCCGCACCCGGACGAUUCCACGACCACCAGAGCCACGCUGCUCACGCGCUCCCUGAACUGCAACAACACCUACAUCGAAGAGCCCAACAUGUACCGCACGGAGCUGGGCGAGUCCACGGCUUCGCUGGACAGCGCCGUCAGGGAGGAGGGGACCAAGAAGCUCAGCGUGUCCUCUGGCCAAGCAAGAGGUCGCCCGGAACCCGACGCCCACCUCUUCCGCAGGAGGAACGGCAAAAGCCCCCGGGGCAAUGACUCAGACUCGGACAGUGAGCUCUCUCUGGAGGAACACAGCAGCUCCUAUGCCUCCUCAUCAGACAGUGAGGAAGACGGGGUUGAUGAGGAGAACAAGUGGACGCCAGGCUCUUGUAAAACCAAUGACCGGGGCCCCAUCCACAGCACCCCCAAAGCGGACUCUCUGUCCAAUCACAUCAAGGCCACGUGGCCCCCCGACAGCGUGACGGGCAGCGACGGUGAGGACGCUAGAUGUAAGCCAAAGCUGAAGGUGGAGACCAAAGUGAAUGUGGAGCUUCACCAGGAAGACGACGGGGAUGACGACAAGGACGUGCCCUCCGACAAGGAGAACCCAGGGCUUCCCAGAGACAAUCAGACGGCUCCCCAGACCAACCACCAGCACCCAGAACAGCGGAAAGGCAUCCUGAAAAAUAAAGUGACCUACCCCCCGCCGCUGAGCGAGAGGAACCUAAAGAACCGGCUCCGGGAGAAGCUGGCAGAUUACAACCAGACUAUGAGCUCCUCCAGAACCUCUUCUCUCGGUUCCAAUGAUGGCAUUUGCCCCACGGCGGACCCAGGAGUGGCCGUCAAAAGCUCUCCGAGGGAACGCUCUCGGGACCAGCUGAACGGGGUGAUCAUGAGCGUGCGCACCGGGACCGUCCACGCAGACGCGUCAGAUUCGGAAGGCAGUAACGAGACUUCCAUUUGAACCAUCAGGAAAGCGUGACACUCUCGGGCCCCGGGCCCCGCUCUUCCCCGCAUGGGAGCCCUGACCUCACUGGCUGGUCCCGGGCCACGGGGACGGCGGCCUCAUCUCCCCCGGGCAGUUUACAUUUCAUGGCAGACCUGGGACAGCUUUGAACAUGAAGUGCCUGCUGGACCACGCAGCCUGUGCCAAAGCUUUUGGGAAGCUCAGAGCCGGGGGCUCCCCGGGCCGCGCUGCCACGGCGUGGCUCUGGAUACAGGAGGCGGCGGGGGAUGGAGCCCGAGCUCCCCAGACAGUGCCUUCCGGAAUCCCCUGCCCCACCGGCAGCUUCACCCACCUCUUCAGGACCGUUUGUCUUUGCAACCAACUUUUAUAUGUAAAGAAGUGUAGAUACUUUUAUAUAUUUUGUAUGGUGAUUCUCUCGGGAAGGAAAAAAGCCCUGUGUAUAUUUUGCAUCUGUAUUGAUUCUGUGGAUCCUUGGAGAUUACUACAGGGAAAAAACUCACUAUUUUUCUAUUAGGGAAAACACCCGUGGUUGUACUUGAACGUGGCGCUGGCACGGCGGCUCGGCGGAUGGCUUCUCGCAGCCAAGCAGGAGCCGGACCCCCUUGCUGCCCCCCGGCCCUCUCACUUCUGGAGUCCUCGACGGUCCCGAGAAGCAUCAGCUCGGAGCCAUGGGCCCGUGAAGGACAUGCCGGACGGCCACGGACUUGGGGGCAGCCGGGCCGGGCCAGGACCGAGGUUUCCUUCCUGUUGGGGGUUUCUGGUUCUUCCAGGCUGUACAUACGCUCACAACGGAAGCAGGAAGGGCCGGGCCUCUGGCCACAUUUUCCAGCUCUUCAGGAGCGUUCGACGUGGGGAAUUUAGAAACGGCUCCCUGUCCCCAGGCACUCGCCAGUUACUCGGACCACUUAGGGAGCCGUCCAUGAGACUGGCGAGACCUCGGUCACCCACGUUUAUACGGCCUUCCCCCGAGUGCCACAAGUGCGGCGGAUCUCUCCCGUGGUCCUGAAUGACAUCACCGCCAGUGUGCGGGGCUAGCCGGCUGCGGCGGGAAACCAUCAGAUCCGGCGGGAGCUCUGCGGACGGCCCGAGGCCGACGGGCCCGUUCUUAGGCCUGGGUGUACGACCCUCAUCUCACCUGCGUGGCGGGACAGGGCCUUGCGAUCUUGCAGACCGAUGGAAUCACACUCUGCACCCCAGAGUCUCCCUCAUGAGGAGGAAUGGUCUUGUAACUGUUGCACAGCCAACUGCGCCACGGAAGCUGACUCGGGCCACGCCCCUGUCCCUGAACGCCCUCUCCCAAGGGCCUGGGGACUUCGGCCAGUCCCCCCCCUCCCCCUUCAGGGUCAAGGUCAAGGGCGAAUACACUGUCGGUUCUAUCAGGAGAAUGUCGGUUUUAUAAAUGGCAGAAAAAUGAAAACCUAUUUUUAUGACAAAAUUUUACGAGAGGAGGCGACACUGGAGAUUUUUGUUUUUUUAACAAAUGAAUAUUUAUUAAUGCUCAGAACACUGGAAUUACAGCUUGGCUGAGGCUACAAUAAAGAGGUUUCUGAACAUGGA